AAACGAGAAAGCUUGUGUCUCUGUUUCACCAUGUUAGCGCCAGGGUCUUUGGUGAAAUAGAACCCGAAUUACCUCGUCGUCGCCAAAAAGGGCUUCUGUCAUCACAGAGAGAAAGUGAGCAACAUUUCACUGUAUGAAAAGUAGUCCUCGAAAUAAAAAUAAAUAAAAUGGACAAGUUUGUAGUACGAUUGUCAAAAGAUAAAGCUAAGAAGGAAGUGAAGACUCAAGGAAAGAUCUACAGGCAAGCAACCAUUGAGUCUUUGAGGAGAGUUGUGGUGAUAGAAGACAUAGCAAGAUUCAAGUCAAUGCUGGAACUACCUGGCCAAACACAGGAAAACCUUGUAUUAGCCUUGACAGAACUGAAAAAGAAGAUACCAUCGAAAGAAGUUUUACGAUCAACAAAAAUUGGUCAUACUGUAAACAAGAUGCGGAAGCAUUCAGAUCCUGAAGUUGCCAGUCUAGCCAGUGAAGUUUACAGACAGUGGAAAACGUUCAUUGAAGAGAAUGCCAAUAAGCCCUCGAUAGAAGUCCGAUGUGACCAGCAAACAGAAAGCCUCAGAAAUAAUGCAAGAAAGCUGCUGUCUGAGUCCAUGGAAGUGGAGGCUGAUCACCCCCUCGUUGAAAACAUUGAGAGAGAGGUAUUCCACCAGUGCUCUCGACUCAUCAACGGGGCCUACAGGAGGACUGUACGGACGCUAGUUUUCACCUUAAAACACAAGCCUGAUAUCCGGACACAGGUCAAAGACAGCAAGCUACCAGUGAACCAGUUUGUAAAAACCCAUAAAAAAUAAGUCUCUUGUCUGUCGUCAGGUUAUACCAAAUGAAAAACUGUAAUGAUGAUGUCCACAAAAGUAGGCUUUUCAGAACUGGACUUUCAGUAAAUCCUUGACACAUUUUAUAAAUACUGUAUGGAUGCAUGGAAGAAACCAUUGUGGUUGUUGUGAUGUAGAUGGUAACUGCUUUUUACCUUGAUAAAUACAUACUGUAAUUAAACAUAUAAGAAACUGCUGUUACACCUUAAAAACUGAAUAUUUUGUGUAAAAGGACCAAAUGGUGACGCGAAUCAUACAUAUUCUUGUCUUCCUCUACUUCUCCGUUAUUUGUAAUGGUUUACUGGUUAAAGACAACAUAUUGUUCUUGGACAGUUUUUUGGAAAUAGCCUGUUGUAAAGUUUUAUUCUGGUGCUGAAUAAAUCAAUCUGUGCAUAGAUGGGUUAUUUUAAAAAUGUUAAUAUUGAAUUACAUGCAAAAAACAGUAUGCAUUUUUUACCACAAUGUUUUACACUAUUUAUUUAACAUUUGAGUGUUUUUAUGAUUACUUCUGUUAUUUGCCCGUUUAUCGUUUUUAGGUGUACUUUUAUUUGCUUCUGCAUCAUGAAAUAAAAAAUAAAAAAAUA